AUGUCGGAAUGCGCAGCAUCGAGCGAGGUGUCGAAGCUCCAGCAGCACUUGGCCCUUCUGAAGGAGGAGUAUGGAAAACUGCAGAGUCAUUGUGCCGAGGUGGAACGGAAGUAUACGCUGGCCGCGGCGUCUGCCGGCGACUUGAGCGAGACCAGUUUUGUAGCGCGACUCCUCAUGACGGUUGCUCAGUUAUACGGUAGGGAGACCUACUCUGAUAUCAAGAUCAAGCUGCAAAGCAAGUCUAUGCCAGGACAUAAGUUUGUGCUUAAUGCUCGUUCUGAUGAUUGGAAUGAAGAAGCUUUGAAAAAUCUGGAGGAGUUAGAUUGGACAACACUCCCUGAUGAUGUAGGCGCAGCCCUACUCAAAUGGUUGUACACGGAUGUAGUGGAUUUGUCGCGAGGAGACACCUUCGCUCUGCAGCUCAUGAAAUCUGCAGCCUCCUUUAAGCUGCACGGUCUUGUAAACAAGUGUGAACAGGCGCUCAUUACUUCUGUUGGAGUCAGAACCUGCGUUAAGUUCUACUCGGCCGCAGAUGAGAUCGGCGCUUCGGCUCUCAAAGAACAUUGCUCAGGACUUAUCUCCGCUCACUGGGAUGACCUUACAGGCGAUGACUUUGCGCACAUGUCAUCGGCUCUACUAUACCGCAUGCUGAAGAGCAAAACGCCGCAACCCCUGCACGGUGCCGUGCGGCUGCUGCGCGAGGACGUCGUGUUUCUCUGCCUCGUCGAAAACCAUGCCAAUCUAACAGACAUAGUAAACGCAAUGUCGUCGCGAGGUGAGCUGCCGCUCGAGCUCGCUCUUCGAGGCCGCAGCGCUUCUAUUGCCACCACUCUUCUGCAGCACUGUGCAGACCCUGAUGCUAGAGGACCAAGAGGCAGAACUUUGUUGCACAGAGCUGUCGAUGCUAGAGACGCGUUUUCAGCAAAGUUUCUUGUUGAAAAUGGAACGGAUCCUAAUCUAACUACCAAAGAGGAAGGAGACACCGCGCUGCACCUUAUAGCGUCGCUGACGUCGAGCUCUUGCGACGAAGAGACGAUGGAACAAAUGGCGGAAAUCGCAGAUACCAUGAUACAAAAAGGCGCUGAUAUUAAUCGACAGAAUAGAAAAGGAUUCACACCUCUGCACCAGGCGGUUAUAGCGCGAAACCAGAGAAUAUUCGAUUUACUUCUAAAACAACCGACACUGGAUACAAAUCUUCGCACGAUUAGCGACGAACAUCCCCCGCUCUACUACGCCUUGGUCGACGAUCGCCGAGCAUCGAUAUCUUCAAGUGAAACACUCGUUAUGAAUGGUUCUAAUCCUUUCGACACUCCAGUGACGAAUAAAAACGCCUUUACUGAGGACCCUGUGGAAGGAAAAAUUGAAAAUAUUGUAGAGAGAGGAUUCGCUGCUAAGUUGUUAGAGAAAGGAUGUCAGCCUAAUCCUCUGUACUCUACAAACGGAGAUAGUUUGUUGCAUAUUUUGGCGCAAGGAUGGUUUGAGCUAGCGAUCCAUUGCCGCCUCGGCUUGGUCGUGGAGGCAUUGUGUGUACGUGGUGUAGACAUGAGCCGAUUAGAUGCUAAUGGAGUGCCCCCUCUGUGGGCUGCGCUUGACUCCGGGCAGGAAGAAGUAGCCAGUAUAUUGGUUCGAAAUGGCGCAGACGCUGAUUGUUGGGGACCGGGACCAGAUGGAUGUCUGCAAACUUUGUUGCACAAGGCCAUAGACGAGAACAAAGAAGCACUGGCAACGUUCUUGAUCCGUUCUGGAUGCGACGUAGAAUCGCCGCGUAGAAUCGGCGCGGGCGGCGAGGGAGCCGACGUCGCCAACGAGAAACAGGCACCGCUGCAUCUCUGUUGCACUUGGGGACUAACUGACGUCAUACAGACGCUUUUAGAACACGGCGCCGAUAUAAACUCGAAAGACGCAGAAGGUAAAACGCCCCUGCACAUUGCUAUCGAAAACCAACACGCGGGCAUCAUCUCGCUGCUGCUGUCCCAGCCGGGCAUCGACCUGUCCGCGAGAGACAACAAGGGCGUCUCGCCCUUUGCCGCUGCCCUCACCGCUAGGAACAAUAAAGCUGCACAGGCUAUUUUGGAAAAGAAUCCUUCGGCUGCUGAACAGGUGGACAAGAAAGGUCGUAACUUCCUUCACGUAGCCAUUCAGAAAUGCGAUAUGGAAAGCGUAAUGUUCCUUUUAUCAGUGGAAGUCGAUGUGAACUCGCGCGUACAAGACGCCACGCUCGCUCCGCCGUUGCAUUUAGCAGCUGCUGCCGGAAAUGAAGUGUUGCUGAGGAGUUUGUUGCUGGCUGGAGCUAGACCGAACGACAGAGAUGCUCAUAAACGUACGGCUCUCCACGUAGCGGCAUCGACAGGUCACGCUACAAUAAUAUCAGCCCUUCUAAGUGGCGGCGCGCUGUGCGACGCGGUGGACGCUGGCGGCGACAACGCGUUACAUGUCGCGGCGAGAGAAGGUCAUGCCAAUGCUGCAAGAGCGCUACUGGCUGAUAGUGAGAUUGAUGCAGUUGCUACUAACCUUAAGGGACGAAACCCGCUACACGAAUUGUGUUGGUGUAAAAAAGACAACGCGGCGACGAUUUGCGAGAUAUUCCUAGAAUUCAUGCCUGAUUAUCCCAUCAAUAGGACCGAUUUGCAGGGUAAUACUCCACUCCUGCUGGCAUACAUGAAUGGUCAAGGUGCGAUGUGUAGAGUACUCGUCCGAGCAGGAGCGUGUCUAGCGCAAGAAAAUAAAGAUGGCAUUUCUAUUUUCAACUAUCAGGUGGCAACAAAACAAUUGCUGCAUCGGCUGUUAGACGCUUUGCCAGCUGAAGCUCCCUGGGCCGAGAGCGAUCUUUGUCAAGAGUGUGGUACCAAGUUCACUCUUACUAUGCGAAAACAUCACUGCCGUCACUGCGGACGAAUGUUAUGCAACAAGUGCUCAAGCCAAGACGUACCGAUCCUUAAAUUCAACCUGAAUAAACCGCAGCGGGUCUGCGAGAUUUGCUUUAAUGUGCUUCAAGUUGGCGCGAGUUAGUAACAACACCUCACUCAUCGAACCUUAGCUAGUCGAUGGAACGUUUUGGACCACUAAAAGGCCAACGACUGUAUAGGAUAACCAUAAAUAGUAGUUUAAAUACCACGUUCCAAAAGAUGUAUGAUUUGAGAUUUUCUAUAGUUAGCCUGUUUAAUGUGGGCUUGAGGCUAAGAUACUAUUUGCUGCAAGGAGUUGCAGAAUUUUUUUAUUCAGUGUGUAUGUACACUUAAGAGUACUCAAAAACAUUCUGAAGUUAUACAUAUAUGUAAUGUGCUAUAAGUAUGUAUUUUUACUUAAGUAUUUGAUUGUAUUUGAACAAUAUUUUUUCAAUUGUAAGAUUGACAUUUUUGGUGAUAAAGAAAUGGGUAGGUUCACAUUGUCACUAAUUAUUUCGAUAGUAGUUUUUGUAACCGUAGUUGUAUUGUUAAUGUUGACGGUCUCCAUGCGGACACUUACACAGCAGCUGCGCUAGAGCAUUAUCCUAUGAAAAUUUUGUCACAAUCACGUUCUGCGCGGCAGCUGAUCACUCAUGCCGUUUUGCUACGAGAAAACAUCUAUAUUUUAGGCUAAACAUUUAUGGUAUUCUAGAACUGAAAGCCAUGCGUCCAUUUAAAUUUACAUGGCUGCAACUUAGUGCCUCAAAUUGUUUGAGAUGGCAAUUUUAUCUAGGAAUAUAAAAUUGUAUAUGCCAAAGUCUGAACAUGCUUUUACUUCCCUUGAAAUUGCUAGCUUUAAGUAUAUGAAUACAUUAUGUAUUAUCAAAUUAAAUUAGGUUUAUUACUGUUAUUGUAAUAUUGUUAAAUUUUAUAUUUUAUUUUUAUCACUCAUCAUUUGUGAUUUUGUUUGUGUGCAUUUUCAUUGCUUAGAAAAAUGUCAAUUUUCACUUUUAGUGUUAAAAUUUUGUAUGGACUCAAAUGUAUUUUCAAAUGAUUUAGAUUUUAAGGUUUGAUCAUUUUAACUUGUAAUAAUUUCGUACUCCAUAAUGAAAAGUUCAAAAUUCAUUAUAUACAUUCCGCA